AUGGCGAUGAUGAUGGCUGGCCGUGUGCUGCUGGUGUGUGCCCUCUGCGUGCUGUGGUGCGGUGCUGUUUUUGGACACGCGAUGGAGGAUUACUGCGGUGAGGGUGGAGGGAACGGUUUGAGUAAUGGUGGAGAUGACGGCGUGUCCCUAAAGGCGGACUGCGGGCUGUUAUCGACUCGAAUGGGAUUAAUAAGGGCGGUUGAAGCUGAGGAAGCUGGAUCAGGAUUGAGUGUUCCAGACUCAUCGGGUAAUUCGAAAGAUAAGGCAUUGGAAGGUGAUACGAAUGGCAGUGAAGCUGUUGGUUCAGGAGAUGUGGGUGUCGCAGGACAAGCAGCAGCACCAGCAGCACCGACGUUUGGAGGAUCAGGUACAGAAGAACAGGUUAGGGAAUUAGAAGUGGUGGGUACAAGUGAUGGAAACGUAGCAGGAGCUAAGAAGGAUCACGAGGACGUUAAUGAAGUUGAUUCCAAACACCAAAGAGCUGAACAAUUGUCUUCUUCUUCUUCAUCUGGCAGCUCUGAAACUGAGGGUGUCAAACAACCCGUUGUGAAGGAAAAUUCCAAGAGUAGCGAAACCUCCGAUAGCCCGCCGCAAGAAGAAGAAAAAGAUCCUCGCAGUAAACCUGACAGUCGUGAAGGAGAGGCGGAAGAAAAAGAAACAGAAGAAGACAAAAAAAACGCAAGCAAUCAGGCACCAACGGAGACACCUGGAGGUCUGACCAAACACACAGAAAUACAAACAGCAACAACGGAACCGAAUGGACAGUCCAGCCCUGAGGCUUUAGAGGGUGUGAAACAGUCAGAAGAAGUCCAAGGCAAAAAGGACUCAAACCACAAUUCACAAACAAAGAGCGUUGACUCCAUCGCAGCCAAUCAACAGAAGGAACCAUCUGCCGACCAUGGAGAAUCAGGGCCACCAUCACCCACGGCAAACGGUGAUGCCGCCAAUAAUGAUUUUGACAAGAGCACUGAAGACGGCAUCCCGAGCAGUGACCCAGCAGCUGAUGUUGCAGAGAAACGAAAAGAAAAACAAAAUGAAAAUAAAGAUGCCAAUCCGAAAGAAACACCAGUGACGGCCGCAGCCAUGAAAACUACGACGGCGACGACUGGCGACAGUGACGGCAGCACCGCGGUCUCCCACACCACCUCCCCUCUUUUGCUUCUUCUUCCUGUUGUUGCGUGUGCAGCUGCUGCUGCGGUGGUGGCCGCGUGA